CUCAAUUGGCGCCAUCUUCCACAGUUUCUCUUCCAAAAAGCUUUCGUUUUUAUUUUGUUCUCUCUUUUGGCCUGCGGAGAUGAAACCCUAACCCUAGAUCUCCAAUGCGAAUUCUCGAGAUCCCUCUUCGAUCCUCCUUGAUGACCUCUACUUCGGACCUUGACUCCCAGAUCGAGUGGGCAUGGCACCUCCUCACCGUCCUCGUCCGCUUAGGCCGCCCAGUGCUCCCCGCCGAACUCGCCGUCCGAUGCCCUAUCUCUGUAGCGGCGCUGCCUGAUGUCGUGGAGCAACUGUGUCGGAUCCCCAGAUCUCCGCUGCUGCUCAAUGACUCUGGCUUCGUCACAGUCUCGGAGACAGCGAUUAGGGCUUUUGGGGAGUUUGCAUCGAGUGUUAUUUGCCCCUUUUGUGCCGAGGUCUACAGCUGCGGUAUGGGAACUGAUGCGGGCGCGGAGUGAUCCUUCUUUGUUUUAUGUGAGGAAGCGGAGAGCGGUGGAUCUGGGGGGAGAUCUCCCUGCGUCUAAGAGGAGGUUGAUGUUAGCUUUGAGGAGAGAUCUUUCGGAGAGUAGGUGGAAUGAUGGCAUGAAGCAUCUGGAUUUUGGUAGUAGGACUUUCAGUUUCUCGAAGGUUCAAAUUGAAGUUCCUGAUUGCCUUGCAAAAGUUGAUUGUGCCACUGAUAUGACUGCUUUGCAAUAUUCUUCAUAUUCAUUAUUUGAAGGUAGUACUUCCCUGCCAUUUCUCAGAAGCUUCAAUCAUGUUCAAUCAAAUGUCAGAUCAGAAGAUAUUGGCCAUAUAAUGGGUGUGGAACGGAGCUGCUCAAAUGAUGAAACACGUGCUAUAAUUGUGCAUAAAGAGUUACCAAUACCAUCAAAUAAUAGUGUACAUGUAUCUGUUGCCUCAGAAAGAACAAAUGCUUAUGAAGAAAUUGCCAAUUGUGAAAUGAAGAAAUGUGCGCAUGAUGAAAGAAUGAGCCACUUUGAUACUGGUCUCAAUAAAUCUAAGGAUGCAAUAUGCCUCUUGUUAGAAAAUAGAGUGAUAUCCACUCCCAUGAUUUUUCCUGGAACUGACGAGUCUCAUAAUGGACCUUUGACAGUGGUUUCCUCUGCACUUUCUCAUGAAGCAACCCUAGUGGAAAAUGUUAGAUUUGAUGAUAUAAUCUUCUCUAAUAAAGGAUCUCUGCUUGAUACUAGUCAUUUGAGAAUAGUCCCAGAAGAAGCCACAGGAAAAGCUUCUGUUUUAGGAUCUCGUGUAGUUUCUCCUGUAGAAACUGCGACUGUCCAGAAUCAUCAGUCAAAGACAUCUGAUAAACUGAAGGUCAUGGGUGCGCAGGCUUCAACAGCAGAUUCCAAAUGUUCAUUGGGCUUGUUAGAUAAUACAACGGAUGACAAUUCUUUUAAGCCACUGGAUGCGGUAAGAGAUAGAAAGAAUGCCUCGGUGAAUCAAAAACCAAGAAGAAAUUGCAAAAGCAACUUGUCUCAUAAAGAAGUCCAGUUGAACACUGCAAAAGAGUGCAAGAUUGAUGCUAGUUACAAGGCACCAAAGGCUUUGGAGUCCAAAUCACUCCCGGAGUUUGAAUCUUUUGUUGUAGAGGAAGAAGAAGGUGCAGGUGGUUAUGGGACUGUCUACAGGGCUCGAAGAAAAGUAGAUGGCAGGAUAUUUGCUAUUAAGUGUCCUCACGCAAAUGCUCAUUUGCACCAUGUUAAUAAUGAGUUGAAGAUGCUCGAACGUUUUGGAGGUAGGAACUUUGUGAUAAAGUUUGAAGGCUCCUUUAAGAGUGGUGAUGCUGAAUGCUUUGUUCUGGAGCAUGUUGAGCAUGAUAGACCAGAGCUAUUGAAGAAGGAAAUUGAUAUAUUUGAGCUUCAAUGGUAUGGCUACUGUAUGUUUAGAGCCCUUGCAAGCUUGCACAAGCAGGGAAUAGUGCAUAGAGAUGUUAAACCUGGCAAUUUUCUCUUUUCCCGCAAACUCAACAAGGGAUAUCUCAUAGAUUUCAAUCUAGCUCAUGAUUUGCAGCGGAAAUAUUUUAAAGGUAGAAAAGAGACCAUGUCCAAGACGAACACUGAUUCAGUUUCCCUGGGCAGUACAAAGCCCACAUCAUUUUCCCAGUCAAGAAAAAAUGUCUAUGAUGGUAUUUUGGCACAGAUUGAUGAUUCAAAAAAGGCUCUUGUAUCCAAGAAUAUGAAAAAAAAAUCAAGACAGGGCCAAGCAGAAAAAAUUGAUGUUAUUGACUUAAAAAACAAAUAUGGAAGCCAAGCUGCUGAUGUUUCUGGAGUGACUUCCGCAAAGGAUCCAACAAGCACGAAAACGUCUGGAGAUAGGUUGAAGCAGCCCAUUCCUAGCAAAGGGCGCAAGGAGUUGAUAAAUUUUGUGCAUGAGGCAAUGCAAGUUCCUAAUCACAAGGGAGAGUCAGCAUCCAUUCCAGUUUCACAUAGAAAGCGGGUAACUGUUCCCAUGGGCAAAGUUGAUAGACGAGGGCUAAUGCCAACUCCAAUGCCAUUGCAUCCCGGAGAAAUUGGAAAAGUGAAGAGGGAAGGCCCUUGUGUUGGAACUAAAGGUUUUCGAGCUCCAGAGGUAUUAUUCAAAUCUCAUCACCAAGGCUGCAAGCUUGAUGUCUGGUCUGCAGGUGUUACUCUACUCUAUCUAGUGAUAGGAAGAGCACCUUUUGGCGGUGAUCCUGAGCAAAAUAUUAAGGAGAUUGCAAAAUUAAGGGGUAGUGAAGAUCUUUGGGAAGUAGCUAAACUACAUGACCGCGAGUUUUCAUUCCCUACGGAUUUGCUUAAUGUUCAAUCACUACAAUCAAUGAAUCUGAAAGACUGGUGUCUCAUGAACACAAGAAGAACUGGGUUUACUGAACUAGUCCCACAAUCACUCUUCGAUCUUCUCAACAAGUGUUUGACAGUGAAUCCAAGGGUUAGAAUCAAUGCGGAAGAGGCACUAAUGCAUGAAUUCUUUACUCCAUGUCAUGAGAUCCUGAGGAAACACAGGCAGCUUAGAAAAGCAGCUGGUUCUGAGAGUAAUAAACCCCUCAGGCUUCUUGAUUAGCAGGUAAUUACAAAGUUUAUAUUGCAUGAAAAUUCAAUGUACUUGUGAUUUGUGAAGAGAGCUAGUGUUUUCAAGUGAUUAACAAAAGUAACAUCUCAUCACUAUCCAAUGCAAAGCUGAUGUUUUCAUUGUAAUUACAUGAUCUCAUAAGCUUUGCUAUUGUUAAUCUGUGAAUUACCCUCCUUGUUCCUAUCCCUUGCAUUUGUUGUACACUAUUGUUACCAAAUUAUGUAUUUAUUUAUAGCGGAGGUUGUAGAUGAUGCUCAACAAAUUUUGUUCUUUAA